CCAUGUCUACCAGAGCCUCAUUCGCCUUCAGUAUGAGGGGAAUCGUAUUUUUACUAGCGCUCACCCUUGUAGGUAGCCAGAAGUUUGACUUUGACCCUGAAUUCAGUAGUAGGAAGAGCUACUUGUACGGUUAUGAAGGCUGGGUGUUGAAUGGGCUUCAAGAAAAGAAUUUAGCCAAAGCUGGUGUACGCCUGAGCAGCAAAGUAGAGAUCAGUGGGCUAUCAGAAAACACUUACCUCCUCAAGAUCCGCCCUCCACAAUUUGAGGAAUACAAUGGCAUCUGGCCCAGAGACCCAUUCACUCGAUCUUCCAAAAUCACCCAGAUGGUUUCCUCAUGCUUUACCCGGCCCUUCAAGUUUGAAUACAAUAGUGGACGGGUUGGAAACAUUUAUGGCCCAGAAGACUGUCCCAAUACUUGCAUUAACAUAGUGAGAGGAAUACUGAACAUGAUACAGAUAACCAUUAAAAAGUCACAGAAUGUGUAUGAAUUGCAAGAGGCUGGAAUUGGAGGUGUUUGCCAUACAAGGUACAUCAUCCAGGAAGACAGGAAGAACAGCCGGGUCUCUGUUACCAAAACCGUAGACCAAAAUAACUGCCAGGAAAAAGUGGUGAAGAGUGUUGGAAUGGCUUACAUCUAUCCUUGUCCUGUUGACAUGAUGAAGGAAAGACUCGUAAAAGGGACUGCAGCUUUCUCCUACAAACUGAAGCAGUCAGACAGUGGUACCCUGAUCACAGAGGUGGUGUCUCAGCAGGUGUAUCAGUUCUCACCACUCAGUGAACCUACUGGUGUUGCUGUCAUGGAAGCAAGACAACAACUCACCUUGCUUGAAGUGAGAAGUGAACGGGGCAGCUCCCCAGACCUUUCCAUGCAGAGCUACGGAGGCCUGCGUUACCAGUUCCCAGCAGAAUUGCCACAGAUGCCAUUGCAGCUAAUCAAGAUGAAAAACCCUGAGCAACGGAUAGUUGAAAUACUGCAACACAUAGUCCUGAAUAACCAACAAGAUUUCCAUGAUGAUCUUCCAUACCGAUUCCUGGAACUUGUCCAGCUCUGCCGGAUAGCAAGUGCUGACACGCUGGAGUCCACCUGGAGACAAUGUUCAGAUAAACCCCGCUAUAGACGAUGGCUGCUGAGUGCAGUUUCUGCAACAGGCACCACAGAAGCACUCAAAUUCAUUAAGAGCAGAAUCCGCAAUGAUGACCUUAACCACCUUCAGGCUCUUCUAAGUGUUUCCUUUGCUCUCCAUUUAACCAAAGCUGAUGAACACACUGUUCCAAUAGCAGCAGAUUUAGUGACCAGUUCUCGAAUCCAGAAAAGUCCCCUACUUCAACAAGUUGCCAGCUUGGGAUACAGUUCUGUGGUCAAUAGGUACUGUUCUCAGACCUCAACUUGUCCUAAAGAAGCUCUCCAGCCCAUCCACGACCUGGCAGAUGAAGCGAUCAGCAGGGGCCGUGAAGACAAAAUGAAAUUAGCUCUGAAGUGCAUUGGCAACAUGGGAGAUCCAGCCAGCAUCAAGCGCAUCCUGAAGUUCCUUCCCAUAUUUUCAUCCAGUGCUCCUGAUAUCCCCAUCCACAUUCAGAUUGAUGCCAUAAUGGCCUUGAGAAAAAUAGCUUGGAAAGACUCCAAAACUGUGCAGGGAUAUCUCAUCCAGAUCCUUGCAGAUCAGUCGCUUCCCCCUGAGGUGCGCAUGAUGGCUUGUGCCGUUAUCUUUGAGACAAGACCUGCCCUUCCUUUGAUAACAACGAUAGCCAAUGUGGUGAUGAAGGAGAGCAAUUUGCAAGUGGCAAGUUUCGUGUAUGCCCACAUGAAGGCUUUGGCAAAAAGCAGGUUGCCGUACACGUACAACAUAUCUUCAGCUUGCAAUAUUGCCCUUAAGAUGCUGGCCCCCAGAUUGGACAGGCUGAGCUAUCGGUAUAGCAAGGUCAUACGUGUUGGUGCUUACUUCGAUAACUAUAAAGUUGGUGCUGCUGGAGACGUCUUUAUUAUGAACAGCCCAGGAACAAUGUUCCCAUCAGCAAUAAUUUCCAAGCUGAUGGCAUAUUCUGCAGGGUCAGUGGCUGAUUUGGCAGAGGCUGGUGUCCGCGUGGAAGGCCUCACAGAUGUCAUCAUGAAACGAAAUAUCCCAUUUGCUGAAUAUCCCACAUACAAAAAGAUAAAGGAGAUUGGAAAAGCUCUGUUGGGAUGGAAGGAGCUGCCAACAGAAACCCCCUUGAUAUCAGCCUACUUGAAAUUCUUUGGCCAAGAGCUGGCCUACAUCAACAUCAAUAAGGAAGUCCUACAACAGGCUGUGAAGACUGUACUAGAACCUGCUGACAGGAACUCAGUGCUGAAGAGACUCAUUAGCCAAAUCCACAGUGGCAUUGCAGGACAAUGGACACAACCAGUGUGGCUGGGAGAGCUGCGAUACAUCGUGUCUACCUGCACCGGUCUGCCGCUGGAGUACGGGUCAUACACGGCUGCUCUGGCCCGGGCAGCAGUCAGCAUUGAUGGAAAGAUAACCCCCCCUUUAACUGGAGAUUUUAGACCUUCACAGUUGCUUGACUCCACUGUGCAGAUUCGAGCUGACAUAAACCCAAGCUUAUAUGUACAGACAGUUGCAACAAUGGGUGUCAACACAGAAUACUUCCAACAUGCUGUUGAAAUUCAAGGCAAGGUCCUGACAAGAGUGCCAAUGAAGUUUGACACCAAGAUAGAUGUGAAACUGAAAAAUAUUAAGAUUGAAACAAAUCCAUGUCAUGAGGAAACUGAGAUAGUGGUUGGAAGACAUAAGGCUUUUGCUGUAUCGAGAAAUAUAGGAGAACUAGGUGUUGAAAAGAGAACUUCAAUUCUCCCAGGGGAUGCUUCAUUAAAUAUUGUGGAAGAACCUUUCAAACCAUCAGAGAGAGCUUCCAGUGAAGGUUUCACAAAGCAAGAAGCUGACAGCAUGGCAAGGAAACAUGCUGAUAGCUCUCAAGAGGAUCUUCGCCACGUCACAGGAAGAAAAACCCAUAAACGAGACAUUUGUGUCAAAAUGCAUCACCUUGGUUGUCAGCUCUGCUUUUCUGGAAGGUCACGAGAUGCCAGUUUCCUAAAAAAUACAUAUCUGCACAGAUUAAUUGGAGAACACGAAGCUAAAAUAGUCUUGAUCCCAGUUGAAACAGAUGCUGAGAUUGACAAAAUUCAGCUGGAGAUUCAAGCAGGAUCCAGAGUGGCUUCCAAAAUAAUUCAAGAGGUAAACUCAGAGUCUAAGGAAGAAGAUGAACCAUCUCUAUAUAAGGACAUUCAAGCUAAACUGAAGAAGAUUCUAGGCAUUGAAAAUGUGUUCAAGGUUGCAAAUAAAACACAACACCAGAAGAGGCGACCUUCAAAGAAAGAAAACAUUGUGCUAAGAGAGCUUGGGACAGACCCUGAUGCAAAACGUCCCUUCAGCUCAUCUUCUGCCUCCUCAGCUGCCUCCUCUUCCUCAUCAUCUGCUGUUUCUCCUGAUCAUAAAAAGGCUGUGGAUGAAGAUGAGAAUGAUCAAGAAAAGCAAGCAAGAAACAAAGAUACAAGCAGCAAGAGCAGCAGUAGUGGCAGAAUUAGCAAAAGCAGCAGUAGCAACAGCAAGAGCAGCAGCAGCAGUAGCAGUAGGAGCAGCAAGAGCAGCAGUAGCAGCAGCAGUAGCAGUAGGAGCAGUAGCAGCAGCAGUAGCAGUAGGAGCAGCAGUAGCAGCAGGAGCAGCAAGAGCAGCAGUAGCAGUAGGAGCAGCAAGAGCAGUAGGAGCAGUAGCAACAGCAGUAGCAGUAGGAGCAGCAAGAGCAGCAGUAGCAGCAGCAGUAGCAGCAGCAGCAGUCAUCAUAGCCAUGGGCAUCACUCAAGGCAUCUGAAUGGCAGCAGUAGCAGCAGCGAGUCAUUGAGCCGCUAUAGCCACGGGCAUCAUUCAGGACGUUGGGGUGGCGACAGCAGCAGCAGCAGCACAUAUUCCAAAAUAUGGGAAGUUCAUGAGAUUUACCAGUACCGCUUUAAAUCAGCACACAGACAAGAGUUCCCAAAAACAGAACUCCCAACUGACCGACUUAGCAGCUCGUACUCUUCUAUCAGAUCCAGUCGUGCCUCAUCUAGACCUGCUUCCCGGCCUAAGUUUUUGGGAGAUGUUAAAACACCAGUAUUAGCUGUUUUUCUUCAUGGCAUCCAUAACGAUAAGAAGAUAGGAGGCCUCCAGCUCGUGAUAUAUGCUGUUAUUGACUCCAUCAGGCCCCGGAUGCAGGUAUUUGUGUCAAACCUCACAGAUUCAAGCAAGUGGAAGCUCUGUGCUGAUGCUUCAGUCCUCAAUGCUCACAAGGCAGUGGCUUACUUGAAAUGGGGACAGAAUUGCCAGGACUACAAGAUUUCGACUGAGCUGGUGACUGGGCGGUUUGCUGCCCACCCUGCUGUACAAGUGAAACUUGAGUGGCCUAAAGUUCCUUCCAGUGUGAGAUCCAUAGCAGAAUGGUUUUACAAGUUCAUCCCUGGGGCUGCAUUUAUGCUGGGGUUCUCUGAAAAAACAGACAAGAAUCCUUCUCGACAAGCCAGGGUGAUCGUGGCUCUAACUUCUCCAAGGACAUGUGAUGUUGUUAUCAAGCUUCCUGAUAUUAUCCUCUAUGAAAAAGCCAUGAGGCUUCCCCUGUCACUUCCUGUAGGUCCAAGGAUACCAGCCUCAGAGCUGCAGCCUCCCAUCUGGAAUGUCUUUGCUGAAGCUCCCUCUGCAGUGCUCCAGAAUUUGAAAGCUCAGUGCUCAGUUUCCUACAACCAGAUCACAACCUUUAAUGAAGUUCAGUUUAACUACACGAUGCCAGCAAACUGCUACCACAUCUUGGCUCAGGAUUGCAGCUCUGACCUUAAGUUCCUGGUGAUGAUGAGGAAUGCUGAAGAAGCUGUGAAUCUAAAAGCAAUCAACAUCAAGCUUGGCAUUCAUGACAUUGACAUGCGUCCUGCAAACGGACGGGUGAAGCUGCUGGUAGACGGAGUUGAAAGCCCCGUGACAAAUGUUUCAUACACAUCUGCUGGUGCUUCUCUGUGGAUCCACAGUGAAAAUCAAGGGCUUGUACUUCUCGCCCCAGCCUAUGGCAUUGAUAAAUUGUACUUUGAUGGAUACACAUUCAGGAUUCAAGUUGCUUUAUGGAUGGCAGGGAAAAUGUGUGGAAUAUGUGGAAAAUAUGAUGCUGAAUGUGAAGAGGAAUUUCGGAUGCCCAACGGAUAUGUAGCUAAAAAUGCAGUGAGCUUUGGGCAUUCUUGGAUUUUGGAAGAAAAGCCUUGUAGAGGAGUCUGCAAACUGCGACGUUCAUUUGUGAAGCUUGAGAAGACAGUUCAGCUCGCUGGUGUAGAGUCCAAGUGCUAUUCCACAGAGCCAGUGCUGCGCUGUAUGAAAGGAUGCUCUGCCACCAAGACUACUCCAGUCAGUGUUGGCUUCCACUGUCUCCCUGCUGAUUCAGCUACCAGCCUGACAGACAAACAGAUGAAGUUUGACCAGAAGUCAGAGGAUAUGCAGGACACUGUUGAUGCACACAUAGCAUGUUCUUGUGAGGACGAAGACUGCAGUGUGUGAAGCUGUACAUUGCAGCAUGAGAAAAACCGGAAACACUUUCAUGUUUUUAUUAUAUGGUGUAAAAAGCCUCAGCUAAAGGAAUAAUAGAGACACUAAACUGUUUGAGGAUGUGUGGAAUCUUCUCAAGUAAUUUAAAGUAUUAAACAUUAUUAUUGUAGAAACUGUUAUGAUUGCCCAUAAAUAUCUGAUUUCAUAAUAAAUCCA